AUGUCAAAGACAAGAUACUAUUUGGAACAAUGCAUUCCUGAAAUGGAUGACUUGGUGGAGAAAGGACUCUUCACUAAAAAUGAAGUUUCCUUAAUUAUGAAAAAGAGAACCGAUUUUGAACAUAGAUUGAACUCUAGAGGGUCCAGCAUAAAUGACUAUAUAAAAUACAUUAACUAUGAAACAAACGUCAAUAAGUUACGUACUAAGCGGGUUAAGAGAAUUUUGCAAGCUAAGAAGACUAACAGUCUCUCUGAUUGGUCAAUCCAGCAAAGAAUAGGUUUUAUUUAUCAAAGAGGUACAAACAAAUUUCCGCAAGAUUUGAAGUUUUGGGCAAUGUACCUGAACUACAUGAAGGGAAGAGGUAAUCAAACGUCAUACAAAAAGAUUCACAACAUCUAUAAUCAACUAUUAAAGCUGCAUCCAACGAAUGUGGAUAUAUGGAUUAGUUGUGCAAAAUAUGAGUAUGAAGUUCAUGCUAAUUUCAAGAGUUGUAGAAAUAUUUUCCAGAAUGGGUUGAGAUUCAACCCUGAUGUGCCUAAACUAUGGUACGAAUAUGUAAAAUUCGAGUUGAAUUUUAUUACCAAGUUGAUUAAUAGGAGAAAAGUGAUGGGAUUGAUUAACGAAAGGGAGCAGGAGCUCGAUAUGUUGAAUGAACAAAAAGACAAUCAAACCAUUGAUGAAGAGAAAUCCCAUGUGCAAGUGCCAUCAACUGGUGAUUCGAUGAAAGAUAAAUUAAACGAGUUGCCUGAAGCGGAUAUAAAUGUACUAGGUAAUGCAGAAACCAACCCAGCCUUACGCGGUGACAUUGCAUUGACUAUUUUUGAUGUUUGUAUGAAAACUUUAGGCAAGCAUUAUAUUAAUAAACAUAAAGGUUAUUAUGCCAUUUCGGACUCAAAAAUGAAUACCGAACUAAAUCAAGAGACUCUAAAUUAUCUGUUCAGUCAGUCAACAAAUUACGUUCAAUUAUUUGACAAAUUUUCAGAUUUGGAAAGAGAUUAUCUUAUUAAUCAUGUACUACAGUUCUGGAAAAACGAUAUGUACGAUCUUUCGCUCCGUAAGGAUUUACCAGAGUUGUAUUUGAAAACGAUAAUGAUGGACACCACUCUAAACAUCAGAUACAUGCCAGUUGAAAAACUCGAUAUUGACCAAUUGCAGUUGUCUGUUAAAAAAUAUUUUGCAUACAUAUCAAAAUUGGAUAGCUCAUUGGUGAAGUCAUUGAAAAGCGAGUAUUCCACUUAUUUACAAGACAACUAUUUGAAAAGGAUGAACGCAGAAGAUGAUCCUAGAUAUAAGAUUUUAGACUUAAUCAUUAGCAAACUUUAA